AAAAAGAAACCACCGUUAAAGGCAAUUCUGUGGUAGAUGACAAUACUGUAACAGGACAAACAGAGAUUGCAACAGACGGUAAUGGUGAAACACAGAGUAAAGAAAAUGAAGAAAACGCUGCUAAUAAUGACAAUCAAAAAGAAAUCAUUGGUGAUUCUGAGGUAGACGAAAGUACUGUAGGACUUGCAGACACUGGAACUAACGGUAACAGUCAAGGCGAUAGUGAGCAGGAUAGCAAUGACGGUGACAAGAGAGAUGAACAUUCUAAUAAAUAUUUUAAAGAAAAAAUGUUUCUUUCAUACAUGUUUGGAAAAGAAAAUGAAGAAGAUACUGCUAAUGAUAACGAUAAUUUAGACGGUCAGAAGGAAAUUACCAAUGAUGGUGAUCCUACGGCAGAUGACAGUACUGUAGGACCUGCAGGCAUCGAUAUAAACAAGAAUAGCCAAGAAAAUGAUGCAGAGGAUGGCAAUGAUGAAAACACGGAAGGUGAUGAGAUAGACAGUCAAAAAGAAAGCGCUCAAAACGGAGAUCCUGAGGAAGAUGACAUUGGUGUAACGACACCAUCAAACGAUAAUGAUCCAAACAUUAGUAAGGACAGUGCCAAUGAUGAAAAUGCGGAAGAAGAAAACGUAGAUAAUAUAAAAGAAGAGAAGAUGGAAAGUGUUGGAGACGGUAAUGAAAUAAUAUCGCAGACGAAACAUCCAGAUUCAGUAUCGAGUGUAGAAAAUUAUACAGAAAAGGACCAAUCUGGUGUUGUUAAUAAAUAUGAAGAAGAUGAAAUACUAGAUUAUGACAGCAAAUGUCCGACGUCAUGUCCUGCUCGCAGUGUCAUGGUGUGUGGAAGAUGUCAGCAUGGUGUUUACAGGACUUUUCUGAGCAUCUGUCAUAUGAGAUUAUUCCACUGCAAAUAUUCUUUUGAGAAUUUAGAACUAGUGUCAAGGAAUCCAUGCAUGCUAUCAGCACCAUUUUUAAACAGCAGCCCUGAUCUGAAUAUGCAACCAAAAGGACGUGUACAGAAAGUGGCUGACGACAGAAUACUACGUUUCAUACAUUGUAGAAAUAGAGCAGAAUUAUUAGAAAAAUUAGAGAAAGGCAAAUUAUUAACAACUGCCGGCAAGCAGCUUGCUUUGUGUUAUGAGAAGAUGAGUGUAGAAUACAAGCCACUUAUUUAGUUUAUAA